UUGACGUAGUCAAAUUGAUUGAUAACUAACAAUUUUAACGGUUUUGUUUAGAUUCGUCUGAAAUUUCGUAAAUGGAGAACUUGAAAGCUGAUUUUGAUUAUGAGGAAAUAUUCAGAUGGGUGGACGGACAUAAUAUAACGAGACAAAAGAGGAAUGUGCAUAGAGAUUUUUCGGACGCUGUACCGCUGGCCGAAAUUUUGAAACAGCACUACCCAAAAAUGGUGGAACUUCACAACUAUACACCGACGAACAGCUACUCAGGAAAAUUAUCGAACUGGGAAACCCUCAACAGAAAAGUUUUGAGCAAAAUCCGAAUGCCUCUAUCGAAAGAAAAAAUGGAACAGCUAGCUAGAUCGAAACAGGGCGUUAUAGAAAAUGUAUUGCACGAUAUCAAGCUGAAGAUUGAGGCCAAAGCUGCUGGAGAUCAAAGAGGCGAGAAUUAUGAUGAUAACUCUGGUUCAGAAGACAAUAUCCGACGAAAACCAGGUUUUAAGACAAUUCCAAUAUCAGAAUACGAAAAACUUGAAAAAAGCUCACAAGAAAAGGACGAUACUAUUCAAACACUCAACCAAAAGGUCGAACAUUUGGAAAACUUAGUGAAGAUAAAAGACGAGAGGAUAAGCGAUCUGACAAGACAACUGGAAAACUACGCCAAUCAAGACAUGACAUGUUCAUCGCCGAAAACCAGAUUUUUCACCAGAAUGUUUUGAAUAUUUUUCUUAUCUAUUAAACUCGACAGUACUUCCAUUUGGA